AGGAAGUAUUUGUUAUUGUUAGCAUGUGGCUAGAAAUUUCCAGAGUUGUUUCAGACACGGCUCGAACGUUGCAUUGUUUGGUAUAAAAUGGCUCCAAAACGGACAUUUGCAGACCAAGGCUCUUCACGAGGAGUUAAGAAAAGAAAAGCUUUAACACUUGAAGACAGGAUAAAAGUAAUAAGGAUGAAAGAUAGAGGAAGCAAAGUAAAAGACAUUCUGCAAAAAAUUGAUGCUGGCCAGACCCAGAUCUAUGCCAUCCUGAAGGACAGAGAAAACCUUCUGGAAAUCUGGAAUUCGGGAAAAAUGAACAGGAAAAGGAAGAUAUUGACCGCAGGAAGGCAGAAGUAUCCUGAAAUAAACAAGGAGACUUGGGAGUGGUUUAUCAAGAAAAGAGCAACCAACAAUGUCAUAACAGGCUCUAUGAUACAGGAGCAAGCAAGGAUAAUUGCUCUCAGGAAAGGCAUCACACACUUUGAAGGAUCAAAUGGUUGGUUAAGAACAUUCAUUCAGCGUCAUAGCAUUAGUCGGUCUAUUUUAACAUCUACCAUCAAAAAAUGUUUGAAGAAAUGUCGCUUUUCUGGUGAAGCAAGCCAAGCAACACAAGAGGAAGAAGCUUUCCAGUUCUACAAUGAUGAUCUGCAGAGCCUAAAAAAAGUAGCACCAGAGAGCACACUAGAAGACCUGCUGCAAAUGGACAGUAAUAUUGCAACCCAUAACCAGGAAUAUGGAGAGACUGGUUUUGUCAUUAAAGAGGAAGAGGAAGAGUGGGAAGAUGCUGAAGAAAAAACACCUGAACCGAGGUCUCUGAGAGACAGUCUCAGCAGUAUUACAGCACUCAUUGAAGAUGCUAAAGGCAGAAGAAACAUGGAAUGGCUGAGUACAGCACAAAAACUCAGAGACCUGAUCCAAGAAGAACAAAUGAAGUGUUGGGAAGCAAACGAGUAUACAUGACUUUUUUGACAUGACUUCACGUAGCACACAAAGUGGAAUAAUUAAUAUACAAGAAAUGUAUGUUCAUGUUAAAAUAAGUCAAAUAGGUUUAUGCUCAUACUUGUGCGCUAUUGAAAUAAAGAGUACAUUUAU